UUUUUGUGAUUUUGGAUUUCGUAUUAUCGUAAGAUAAAGUGUAAAUAAUGUCUAGCCUCCAUUCAUACGACGAGAAGAAACUCACAUUUCAUCAGAACGAUCAACAUGUGCAAAAUAUCGGGAUUGAAGAUAUGCAAACACUAAGAAAUAUUGUACAAUAUUUUGAAAAAUCAGUUGACAGGAGUCAUGUUUACAGAGACAUUUACAUUGCGAGGUCUAUCUUAGUUUGGAUGUCGCACAUGGUGGGAUCCGUGCUAAUUCGCCUAUUGCCAUACGAAGUAAGGAAACUUGUCGAUUCGAAAAGUUAUUCGCCAGGAACCUUUUGCACACUUUGCGAAGCUGCGGGAAUUGAGAGUGUUUUAAUUUUAGGCAAAGCAAAAGACAUAACAUUUGAGCCAGGAUGGAUGUUCGAUAAAAUUCCUCCGGCUUCCUGGAACAGCUUUCGUUGUAACAAUAUCUGGCAUUUGGUAUUCACGGAGCUGGCAAUAGCAUCGGUCAGCGGCUAUAGGAGAGGCGGAGAGAUUGUUAUUGAGAGCGAUGGAAACAGAACCUUUCAAGCUUCAUCAUCCAGUGCUGGGAAUGAGAGAUCUGUGUUUUCUGACUUCUGGUUUUGCAUACAUCCCAAAAUACUUGCCAUACAUGCAUUCCCAGAUAAUAUCGAUUUCCUUUAUCUUCCAAAAGGGCAGUCUGUAACCGAAGAAACAUUUGCCUCCUGUGCUUUAUUGCUUCCUGCAUUCUUUCAAUCCGGAAUGUCCCUACUUUCGGAGAACGCUUGCGUCUUGAUGUCACAUAAAGGUCGAUGUGUGAUACAUAUUGCUUGUCCUUCAGUGAAAGGUUUGAAGUUCACUUACACUUUGACUUUUCUGACAGACACUGGCGAUAUCGGUUCUGUGAACUUAAAAGCUCUUCCCAGGAUGGUCGUUUUUUCACCUGGAAUUGACGACGUUACUUUCACUAUAAGCCUUCCAAUACUUGGUCAUUACUUGUUCAGCACAUCGGCUCUCUCAGAGGGCCACAAUCAAAAUCCAGAGUGCUUCAAGUUUAAGAUCAUCUGUAACGAAAUUGACGCGCACUGUCGAAACAUUCCCCAGGCAGUGACUGAAAUGGGUGUCGGUUUCACAUACGUUGCAAAGGAGUUCGGAUUAAAACAACCGACGAACGCUUCUGCCAUACUGAAGGUUGAUUAUGAUUCAAGUCAGGAAUCGGCCUCUGAUGAAGUCAUUGAGUCAGAACCUGUGCGAUUCAGAGUUGUGGAAGACAGAAUCAACGAAGUGGAAUUUACAUCCGACUUUUUAGAUGACGUUGAAAAUAUCGGUUUCUCGGAAGUAAACCUUAACAAAGACAAAGGGGAGCUUGAAGUGAAAGCAGGUCUGAAGAAAGCUGGAGAGAGAGUCCUCGUUGUAAAGGGCAGACAAAUAGCGAGCAAUCAAAACUUCAAGCCGAUUGUUUACUAUAUUGUUAGCUCAUACGAGAAAAAAGAUGAUUCUUAUGAGAAAAACGUUAAGAAAAAUAAAAGAAGAGAGGCAAAUAAGCGGAAGAGGGACGCCAAAGAAUCGUACAAAGCUCAGUUGGAAGACCUCGUAUUAACGACCAAAGAGGAAAUAAAAAACCUUCAUCAGGAAUUGAUUGAUUCAAAAGCGGUAGCGAUUGACAUGGAUCCCGAUAAGCUGUCGAUGUUCAAGGAAUCAUCUUAUGUACAAAACAUACAGCAGGAACUGGUUGUUAUGGAAGAGGAUGGGUCAAGAUAUGAUGACAUGUCCUUAGAAUCGCCUGUUUACGAUCUAUUCGACAUGUAUGUUACAUCGUUAGCAGUCAAUCCAGAUGGAGAUAACAAAACACUGGAGUUGUCACAAGAAGAAAUAUUUAGGACUUUAUUAAAAAAAGUCAAGGUUGAUGCAAUGUCAGAAUACCCAAAUGACUCCUUCCCAGCCUUCUGCCAUGGUCGUGCAGCCAUUCAGGCCAUUAUUACCAGGGGAAAAGACAUUCUGGACAUGCCAGUGUUUAGUGAGACUGAAAACAAAAUGAUGAAAUCUGAAUGCAUUCAGAUCUACACAACUUCUGCUUUCAUUGGUGAAAUCAAUGCAUAUAAUACUGAGCAGAUGGAUCCUGUGAAACAGUUCUGUCUGGAGGAGCAGAACAUGUCUUGCCCAAUUAUUUUAAUAGUAGAACAAGAAAAGAAGAACAUUAUAGAGGAAUGGAUUGAAACUCAAAAUGACAAUCUUCAUGGCAUAUGUGUGCUAUUAUUUAGCAAGGGACGAGAACGAGAACAGCAAUAUUUUUCCCCAGAAAAGGGCAUAUUUCUAAACAUGGUAACAUUAUCCGACAUCAUGGCGGCUGCAGAUGAUAUUUUAGAACGCUCCAUAUUUUUUGUUUUGAAGCAUUUGCUGGAAAUAUAUGUGGAAAAAUACAGAGCAACAACAGAUUUCUCAGAUGUGGAGACAGAAAGCACCUUACAAAGUGUGUAUGCCUUUGCAAGAGCAGCAUACCAAAGAAGUGAAGUACCUGAGUGUGAAAGACCAAACAUCCCAGAGAAGACUUAUAACUAUUCAAACAAUAUUGAUGAGGUCAUCACAACACUUCUUACGAUAGAAGGAGUAGUUGGCUGUUCUAAGAAACUUGGACGCCUAGAAGUCUCUAUUGAUGACACAAAAGACAGAAAGACAAUUGUUGAAAAAGUAAAACUGUACCUCAAGAAUGAAUCAAUCAAAGCUACAUGUGUAGAUGGUAAUUUCACAUAUUUUAUUUGUCCUGGAGACCAAGUCCAGGGCAAGAAAGGGAAAAUAGGGACACUUGGAGGCUUUGCAAAACGGUUUGCUACAAAAACCAAUAUGGAGUUUAAUAACAGAGCGGAGACAGGCAGUGCAAAUCAAUUAAGUCCAGUAGAAUCAACAGGAUAUCUUGUUGAAUCUACAAAUACCACUGUUGAGUUAAAUAACAGAGAAGAGACGGGCAGUGCAAGUCAAUCAAUACCAGAAGAGUCAGCAGGAAAUCUAGUUGCACUAAUCUCAAGACAUGUUGCUCAUGCUAAUAUGGAAAUGGGCAUUAUGCAUCUUCUUGUUAACAAUAAAAUUAUUGGACAUACAGACAAUAUUCAUCCGCAGACCCUUCUCGAUAUUAUUCCAAUCGACAUUUAUGAAAAUUUAAUUGGUGAUUGCAACACUAGAUUCAAAACAGAGCAAAACAAGUUUAUGCAUGCACAAUUGAUUGAUAGAGAACACAUAUCAACAUUAAUGGGAACUAAAGUUCAUCUAUGGGGAGCAGUGUCAUCCCCAGGUUUGGGUACACUUGUAGACAUUGAUUUUAAAAUGACAGGUGGACUGUGCAUAAAAGUAUGUGAUUGCAUCAAUGGUAAACCAUUCAGCUACCCAGGUGACAGUGGGGCUAUUGUAUGUGCCUCAGACAGCAGGGGGCGCAAUUUGUACGCCAUAGCCAUGCUGAUUGGAAAGUAUGAAGGCAUUAAGAUCCAACCAACAUAUAUGGCUGUUCUUCUCAGUGAAGCAUUCCAAAAAUUAAAAGAAUUAUACAAGUCAGAGUUUCUGCUGUGUGAAGACGAUGGAGCCACUUCAUAAAACCAUAAAUAUUCAUAAUUACAGUCAUGCGAGAUAUUCUGGUGAACAAUAUCUACAAUUUGAAAUAAUAAAUUGAGCUUAGUGCAUGAUACCUCUUCAUGAAAUGAGGGGUCAUGUAAAGAUAAAUGGUUUGUAAAUAAGACUAGUAAAACAUGCAUGCCCCCCAUA